AUGGCCAGCCGGCUGGACGGAGACGCGGCGCAAGCGGCCAUCGCGAGGCGCCGGGUAGGAGCUACAGCCGGCACGGCCGAGCACGAGCGGGGCGGCGCGGGAGCCGGCCGAGCCGCGUGGGAGGCGGGCCAGCGGCGGGGGCCCGGAGCAGAGAUGGGGAAGCGUAGCUGGCGGGGCCCGCGGCUCUUCGGGACGCGGGCGGAGCCGGCAAGCGGCAGGGUCGCCGGGUUGCGGGCAGAGCCGGCAGGCGGCCAGGUCGCCGGGUGGCGGGGAGGAGCCGGAGGCCGGGUAGCGGCAGGAGCCGCGGCCGGGUCGGAGGACUCCAAUCGGACGAGGCCGACCCAGGUGCUGCAGGCGGAGGCGGCGGGAGGCGAGCCGGCGAGGCCUGGUGGAGGAGGUGGUGCGGAGGUCGCAGCAGGCGCGGGCAGCCGGAGGCCGGCCGGGCGGGCUCCGUGGUCGGCGAGGCGGCGGCCGGCUGGACGGGCGCGGUGGCCGCGGGAGGCGAGCCGGGCGCGGCGAGGCCGGCCGGAGCCUUAG